UCAAUUUUAAAAGCUCCAUCCUUUAAUCUCAGUCAUUGGUUCAUCCAAAUCUACAAGAUCAAAUCUUGAUCGUCUAUAUCAUUCAAACCAACGGCUGAGAUCAAAUCUUCAUCUUCCUCUCAUCUCCUCCUCCCCUACCUCUCCCUCUCCUCUAUUCUCCUGGCAGCGAACGGCGCAGGCCAGCGAGCAGCCGCGAAAACCAGCCGGAAAACGGGCGAGGACCAGAUCUGACAGGCGAGCCUCUUUCUCUCUUCUCCUCCGCUCCAGUGAGGACGACAACAACAAACAGCAGCUCCAGCUGCUCUGACCAGCGAGCAGCGAGCGGCAAGCAGACAACUCCGGCGAAGGAAAGGUAAUCACCGGCGAACCUCAUUGAAGCCGACAACAACAACAGAGAGAUCCUCGCAUCUCCAUUCCUCUCCUCUUCGGCGAAGUUCUAGUAAUUCAGGAAACUAGGAGUGAUCACGAUGGGACUUCUCAGCAUUAUCCGGAAGAUCAAGCGAAAAGAAAAGGAGAUGCGCAUCCUUAUGGUGGGUCUUGACAACUCUGGUAAGACAACAAUAGUGUUAAAAAUAAAUGGUGAAGACACAAGCGUCAUCAGUCCAACUCUUGGCUUCAACAUCAAAACCAUUACGUAUCAGAAGUAUACCCUCAAUAUAUGGGAUGUUGGGGGGCAGAAAACAAUACGGUCUUAUUGGAGAAACUACUUUGAGCAAACUGAUGGCUUGGUGUGGGUUGUGGAUAGUUCUGAUCUGAGAAGGCUAGAUGACUGCAGAUAUGAGCUACAUAAUCUUCUGAAGGAGGAGAGGCUAUCAGGAGCAUCAUUAUUGAUUUUUGCAAAUAAGCAGGACAUACAAGGUGCUCUUUCUCCGGAUGAAAUAGCCAAAGUGCUUAAUCUGGAGGCUAUGGACAACAGCAGGCACUGGCGAAUCGUGGGAUGUAGUGCAUACACAGGAGACGGGCUACUUGAGGGAUUUGAUUGGCUGGUACAAGACGUUGCAUCGCGAAUCUAUAUGCUUGAUUAAGUGAAAAUUUUACAUUAAGAUUUUGAUUCCUGCAAGAUGACAUUGUUAAGAUCUUUUGGAUAUACAACAUUUGUGCAUGUAAAGAUAAAAGAAAAUCAUGCAAGUGGAAUUUUAUUAGCUACUGCUCAAAAUGACCAUUUGUGAGGAAAUUCUUUUAAGUCAUUUCCCAA